CUAAACAAACAAAAACCACCUAGUUUGGGUAUAGUUUUUCCUUUAUUACAUAAAAAUCCAGUAAUUCAGGAAUAAAAGAAUCCACAGUAAUGGUAACAUGAUAGUUUUUAUAUCCAGUCCAAAUCACUUCAUAAACUUUAUUGGCUUGUCAGCAGUUAUACAUAAUAAAUCAAGGUCAACUCAUUGUCUUAACACUAGGCAGGAUAAGUGCAAUAAUCUCUCCGAUAUCCCAAAGGAAGCUUUUAGAAGCCAUUUUCCUGUAAAGAUGGGAUCUGUGUGGAUAGAGCUAAGUGAGGAAGCUUUUAGAAGCUACUUUGCCAUAAGGAGUGGGUAUGGGUGAGUGGAGGUAAAUGAAGGGCCGGCCCUCAAUGUCUUCAGUUUGGCCAUAUUCAGAGCCAACGCCUAACCUCCUCUCACAGGUGCUGAAACUGUCUUAUGUUGGGAAAAUGGAUCUCACCAUUGGUAAUGACUCAAAGGAUCUUCUGACUCUCAAGUUCAGUUCUCUUCACAACUUUUGCAGACUACAGUCUAUCCCUUUUCCUUGUAACCAGUCAGGGCAAACGAAGCAAUACUGAUUUCACAGUCCUUCAAGGAAGGUGACCACACACCUAUUGGACGAGGAAAAUAAUUCUUUCAUCUAAAUUUCUCCUGUUCUUUAACUAGCUUCCUCUGCCUGGGAUCUGAGGGGCAUCUAGGAAAACAAUAUCCGAAUUAAUGGUCCUAAAAUCUACAACUCUAUUCUGAAUGAAUGAUAGCAAGAGCUGCACUCAAGACUACGUCGCAGGUUGGGGUGAACUUCAAACGGUUUAGUCUGGAGUUGGGCCGGGAGUUGCUCCUGCAGUCUAGGCUGGGAAACCUGCACAUACCGGCGAUGUGAGUCGCGGGGGGCGGCGYGGCGAUCAGGCCGGCCUUACGCACGACGCGGCCAGCGCCGAGGUACCAGAUUCGCGGAAGCCCUCCUGGCGGGACAGCAGCCCGUGCCCCGAACCCCACGCGCGCAAAUGAUGCUUGGGCCCGCCCAGGAGACAACUCCUUCCUGGGCCAGCCUCCCACAAUCACCACCACACAGCCCAGCGUACAGCGGACCCUCGUACAACUCAGUCCCGCCUUCCAUCAGCUAUAAGGCGAGAUCACGUGAGCAGGUCCGGGCAACCAAUGGGCGGCCCUCGCCGAAUGGAAGGGAUUGUCUGACCCCCGUGACGUCACAAAGCUAGCGGGUAAUGCGCUCCUCUUCCGCCCCCGCCCUCAAGGCUACUGCCCGCUCUCCGCCUCCCCGCYCACUCUCCACUGCGCAGCCAAUAGGGAGGCGGGAUGCGCUCSGGCCGGAACGUGAGGGCGGGGCAGGGUGGUGGCCCGGCGGGGCAGGGGCGCGGAGUGGGCCGGCCGGGGGCGAGGUGCCGCGCUCCAGGGAGCUGAGCGGGUUGCGUGAGAGAGCACCUAGUGGUGCCUUCGCCGCCUCCUCGCAGGGGAAAAACUGCUAGUCUUCUGCUGUGCCCGGUUCGUAUUCUUUGCUCCCCGCCCCGACCGGAAUCCUCCUCCACGGUCCAAAGUUGUGAGGGGGGCGUCGGGGUUGGGGUGCGCRGCGCUCGUGUGGAGUGACGGCCGCGGGCGUGCGGAGGGCGGGCCGGUGGCGGCCGGGGCGGGGGCGGACGGAGCCCCAGAGCGCCAGGUGCACGCGGGUGCGUUGGGGCUGCAGGUCAGGCGUGGCGGUGCGGUUAGCUGCUGCGGGCGCUAGCCGGCCGCACUGGCCUCUAGUCCUCAGGGUUUCACGCACCGGCUGUCAGCACGAGGGYGCGGUGGGAACCCAGGAGAGAGUGAGCUCUGGAGAGGCUGUGGCGGGCKGGGCGUUCUUUGCCUAAGGGUCUCCCCUGACACACCCCGUGGGCCUCGUUGGCUCCGCAGGCAGCCGUCUCAGGGUGGCCCCUGGUAGUCUCUGCUAAAACAGGCGCCGCGUGGGCCGGGCGGGACAGGCAGCUGGAGGAUGCCGCGCGCUGGUGGGCUCCGCGCCGGAACUGCAUGGAGGGACCCAGGCGAGCCUCAGCUCGCGCCUGGGCCCCCACCGCCUUGGGCUGUGACUCUGCCUCUUUGGCAGGGAGAAUGUGUGUGUGUCCCGGGCCCAGACGAAUUGGAAUCCCAGUCAGAAGUUCCAGCCUGCCGCUGUUCUCUGAUGCCAUGCCAGCACCAACUCAACUGUUUUUUCCUCUCAUCCGUAAUUGUGAGCUGAGCAGAAUCUAUGGCACUGCAUGUUACUGCCAUCACAAACAUCUCUGCUGUUCAUCACCCUACAUUUCUCAGAGUCGCUUGAGAUACACACCCCAUCCAGCAUAUGCUACCUUUUGUAGGCCCAAGGAGAACUGGUGGCAGUAUACCCAAGGAAGGAGAUAUGCUUCCACACCACAGAAAUUUUACCUUACACCUCCACAAGUCAACAGCAUCCUUAAGGCCAAUGAGUACAGUUUCAAAGUGCCAGAAUUUGAUGGCAAAAAUGUCAGUUCCAUCCUUGGAUUUGACAGCAAUCAACUACCUGCAAAUGCACCCAUUGAGGACCGGAGAAGUGCAGCAACCUGCUUGCAAACCAGAGGGAUGCUUUUGGGGGUUUUCGACGGCCAUGCAGGUUGUGCUUGUUCACAGGCAGUCAGUGAAAGACUCUUUUAUUAUAUUGCUGUCUCCUUAUUACCCCAUGAGACUUUGCUAGAGAUUGAAAAUGCAGUAGAGAGUGGUCGGGCACUGCUACCCAUCCUCCAGUGGCACAAGCAUCCCAAUGAUUACUUCAGUAAGGAGGCAUCCAAAUUGUACUUCAACAGCUUGAGGACUUACUGGCAAGAGCUUAUAGACCUCAACACUGGCGAGUCAACUGAUAUUGAUGUUAAGGAGGCUUUAAUUAAUGCUUUCAAGAGACUCGAUAAUGACAUCUCUUUGGAGGCUCAAGUUGGUGAUCCUAAUUCUUUCCUCAAUUACUUGGUGCUUCGGGUGGCAUUUUCUGGGGCCACUGCUUGUGUGGCCCAUGUGGAUGGUGUUGACCUUCACGUGGCCAAUACCGGGGAUAGCAGAGCRAUGCUGGGUGUGCAGGAAGAGGAUGGCUCAUGGUCAGCAGUCACACUUUCUAAUGAUCACAAUGCUCAGAAUGAAAGAGAACUUGAGCGGCUGAAAUUAGAACACCCAAAGAAUGAGGCCAAGAGUGUGGUGAAACAAGAUCGGCUGCUUGGCUUGCUGAUGCCUUUUAGGGCUUUUGGAGAUGUAAAGUUCAAAUGGAGCAUUGACCUUCAAAAGAGAGUGAUAGAAUCUGGCCCAGACCAGUUGAAUGACAAUGAAUAUACCAAAUUUAUCCCUCCUAAUUAUCACACACCUCCCUAUCUCACUGCUGAGCCAGAGGUAACUUAUCACCGAUUAAGGCCACAGGAUAAAUUUCUGGUGUUGGCUACUGAUGGGUUAUGGGAGACUAUGCAUAGGCAGGAUGUGGUUAGGAUUGUGGGUGAGUACUUAACUGGUAUGCAUCACCAACAGCCAAUAGCUGUUGGUGGCUACAAGGUGACUCUGGGACAGAUGCAUGGCCUUUUAACUGAAAGGAGAGCCAAGAUGUCCUCUGUGUUUGAGGAUCAGAAUGCAGCAACCCAUCUCAUUCGCCAUGCUGUGGGCAACAAUGAGUUUGGGACUGUUGAUCAUGAGCGCCUCUCCAAAAUGCUUAGUCUUCCAGAAGAGCUUGCACGGAUGUACAGAGAUGACAUUACAAUCAUUGUAGUUCAGUUUAAUUCUCAUGUUGUAGGGGCAUAUCAAAAUCAGGAAUAGUCAGUGGAUCUGGCAAUUCUGAAAUAAAUAUAAAGGGCAGAUAGAUUUUUUUUUUUUUAAAAAAAAAGACAUACUUACAUAAUGAACAUUUCCAAUGGGUCAUUCUAAGCAUUUACCCAUUCGACAGUCUAGGUAGUCACGUGUUCCAAAUUGACUUUGCAGCAGGGUGACAGGAUCAUGAGCAUCUGGUUUGCCUAGCUCAGACCUCAUAGCACCUGUGCUCGAGGCCAGUCAGUUUUUUAAAGUAGGUGUCUUGAGAUAUUGACUUCUUUUACCAAUCUGAGAAAACUGGGAUCAUAUGACAAAUAUGAUCUUGCAUAGACCCAAAGCAAGGAUCUUGGGUGUAUUCUCUUGGUAAAAGGGAAGAAAUGUUACUGUUCAUACCUGUAGAUCCCUUUCUUCACUAAGAUUCUAAUGUACAUGAGAACAUUUAUUUAUUGCAUGAUUUUCUAGGUAUAUAAUCUAUGCAUUAUUCACAUAAAUUUAUUUUAGCCUGAAGUAGUUUUCAGAUCCAGUACUCUAAGCCAUAAAUGACCAUGAACCAAGCAAUCUGAAUUUAUAAAUUUUUGUGAUUAUUAUGACAGGAGUGCUUGUUAACGUGUAAAACUAUACUCCCUUCCCUACCCCUGAUUUCCUUAAUGUAAUUGAAAUAUUUUCUGUUUUGCCACACACUGGAAGAUGAUAAAGGUUUUCGGGUUUACAUACUCUUGCAUUGAUUAAAAGUUUUUUAGUUUGUAUUAAUGAAAAGUUGUAUUUAGUUUGAAAUAAAGAUAUCUAGAAUAAAGAGAAGAGACUGAUAUGUUCAAUUAUUAUCAUCUGCAGCCACCAGCACGUCAUCCUUAUAUAAUCCCCAAAGGUUUGGCAUGCUUUAAUGUGUGGUGGGUAGACUGCUGCCGGGAAAUCAUACUUCUUAGUAGCAAUAAAUAAUUUUGGAAUUUUAGGGAUGACAUAUAUAAAAUAAGUUUAAUUACCUAUUUGGGUAGUAAUGUUUAGUAUAACCAUCCGGUAUUGAGAUGGGAGAAAAUUUUUGGUUUUCCCUACUUAGACAUAGGUCAAUUAAAAUAUUUGGUUUAAAAUUGCUAAAGGCUUUAAACAUACUGUAGCUUAAGAUAGUGUUAAGAUAUAUAAAUGAGAAAUUUUUAAAAGGUAACUAUCAUGCAUGCCUGAUGUCAUAGAACACUUAGUAGCAUUGAGUGUUGUUUGCAGCAGUCUCCAUGAUUAUAYGCAGUCCCUUCUAAUACUGUAUCAAAGUGAAUUAAAAUAAAUAUAUUCAAAUUGGCUUUUUGGGAGCUUAUUUUAUAUGCAUCAAAUGACAUUUUGUUCCUGUGUUUAAUGGUGAUCUGUGUACAGCUGUGCAUAUAUUUCCAUCAC